AUGUCAAUUUCUUUGCUUCAACCCCUCUUUCUCAUCUCUUUAGUUGUUACAAUUACUACACUAACAAGUUUUGGUCAUGCACACAACCUAUGCCAAGAUGACCAAAAAGCACUCUUACUAGAGCUGAAACACCGCUUGAUAUUCAAUUCUUCUGCCUCAACAAAAUUGGUGAAAUGGAAUCACACCGAUGAUUGUUGUGAGUGGGAAGGUGUGGGAUGCGACGCAGCAGGCCAUGUUGUGAUUCUGCAACUCGACAACAAAGGCAUAUCCGGUGGAAUCGAGGAUUCAUCAAGUCUUGUAAGUCUUGAGUUUCUUGAGAAGUUGAACUUAGCUCACAAUUCAUUUAAUGGAACCAUUCCCACUCUAAAUCACCCUGGCUUGAUUGAGUUAGAUUUGAGUAGCAACCAACUCAAAGGCCCUAUUCCCGACUCCUUCCUCAAUCUCGAAAGUCUAGAAGUUCUGUCCUUAGCUGAUAACUUGUUUGAUGACACUGCCGAACUAGAAAAUCUUCACAGGCUUCACAAUCUUACAACUCUCAAUCUCUCUUACAACAACUUGACACUUGAUGCAAGUAGCCUGAGUUCAAAUUGGUCUAGAUUUUCCCAUCUAAAGAAGUUGAGCCUAUCUUCUUGCAACUUGCACAAGAUUCCUGUGUUUCUGAAACAAUCCAACUUGAACUUCUUGGAUCUCUCAGACAACCGGAUAACCGGGGAAAUACCUAAUUGGAUUUGGGAAAUUGGAAAUGGAGAUCUUUACCAUCUGAACCUUUCAUACAAUAUGCUGGUUGAUUUGCAAAAGCCUUACCAUAUUCCCAACUUCCUUGCUGAGCUCGAUUUGAAUUCAAACCAACUGCGUGGCGAGCUGCCCCUGCUGCCAGAAGGCGCCUCGUACGCGGAUUUUUCUCAUAACAAAUUUCACAGCCCCAUCCCUCUUAACUUUGUAAGCUUCAAUUUUGUUCUGAUUUUCUUAUCCAUUGCAAAUAACAGCAUAAGUGGAUCGAUUCCAACAUGCAUUUGUAGCGCUGAAUCGACCCAAGUUCUCGACUUGUCUUUGAAUAACUUGAGUGACAGUAUACCUCCAUGCCUUGUGGAAAGGAUGUAUAGUGUUCGAAUUCUCAAUCUCAGGGGAAACAACAUAAGUGGUGACAUCCCGGAUAGAUUUCCGAGCAACUGUGGCAUGAAGAUCUUGGAUCUCAGUAGCAACAAGUUAGGAGGAAAGUUUCCAAGGUCGUUGGGAAAUUGCACGUCGUUAUGGUUCUUGAAUGUCAGAGAGAACUACAUCGGAGGUAGUUUCCCGUGCAUGUUGCCAAGAUUGAAGGUUCUGGUGCUGCGCUCCAACAGGUUCGAGGGAGAGAUGAAAUGUGGUGAUAACUGGCCAUAUCUUCAGGUCAUCGACAUCUCUUCCAAUAACUUCAGUGGAGAUUUGCAUCGCAUAAGCUUCUCAACCUGGAGGAAAAUGAUGUCAGACAGUUAUCCACGAUUCAGACGUGGAUUCCUUGGCCUUAACGUUGUGCGUCCUGACUUCAAUUACUUGACUCGAGUGACAUUAACCCCCAAAGGCCGCCAGGUAGAGUACGGGAGGAUUAUUCCAGAGUUAACAUUAGUUGAUUUCUCUAGUAAUAGUUUUCAAGGAGAGAUACCAGAAGCAAUAGGCGAUCUAGCAUCACUCUUUUUUCUAAAUUUAUCCCACAAUUCCCUGACGGGCACAAUCCCAAAGUCACUUGGUAACAUGGAAUGGCUUGAAGCACUUGAUCUCUCAGUAAACCAGCUAACAAAGACGAUUCCGGUGGAACUUGCACGGCUCACAUUCCUUUCGGUCUUGAAUGUGUCCUACAAUAAGCUGGUCGGAAGGAUACCAAAUGGUAGUCAGCUUUCAACAUUUUAUAAUGAUUCAUACAAAGGAAACACAGGGUUAUGCGGUCUUCCUCUCACCAUAAACUGCACCAUGGAUGGCUCACCACGUGGAAAGCCGAAGAUGGAAGUGUAUUAUAUAGUAUCUUUUACCUUUUUAGCUCUCAUUUACUUUUAG